AUGGAGGCAACAAAAACCUCUUCUGUCAAACAGCACCGACGACCAUCCACCAAGCUGCUCAAGCAACCGCCGCUCUCUUCGAGUUCCACCUGGUCCAUCAAGAAGCAAUCCAGCAAUACCUCCCUUCGCAGGCACCCGUCCGCCCCAAUCCACCCGCGAUCGCACGUCGUCUCGAGCCGGGACCACGUUCGAACCAAGUCGGGCGGCGGCUUUGGCUCCUCAACUUCGUCAUUCGAUCAUCACAGCGAUACCAACUCUCCAAUUCCACCGCUUAACGAUUUGGGGGCAUAUUCCUCGUCCACCACGGCUGAAAAUACCGCUCGAUCGUCCCUCAGUUUGCAGAAAUCGGAUGAGUUGAUUGGGUCGCGUUUUGACACCCGUGACUUGUUCAGCUCUUUGGACGAUUCAAUCAACGCCCCGGCUCCGCAGCGUCCACCCCCUCUCCAGAGCUUUAACACUAGCCCUGAUCCACGAUCGACUCCGACUCUGAGAAACUCGGGAGUGUUCGCUUCCAAAGAGCGCCGCAUGGAUCCCUCCAGUCCGGAUGGGACAAAUGGCCCCAAGCGGCACUCAGAUGAAGCUGUAAAACCAGGCUUGGGUGGAAGAAAAAAAUCCGGAUUUUCCAAUUUUGUGAAUAGUAUGCUCGGGUCACCUCGAAAUAUCAAGAUUUCAGCACCUGAAAACCCCGUCCAUGUCACGCAUGUUGGUUAUGACAACAAAACUGGCCAGUUCACUGGUCUUCCCAAAGAAUGGCAGCGCAUUUUUCAAGAGAGCGGGAUUUCGAAACGAGAGCAGGAGGAACACCCCCAAACACUUGUCGAGAUCAUGAAAUUCUAUGAGAAAAAUGCUUCUGGAAAAGAUGACGAAGGCGUCUGGCGUAAAUUCGAUCACGCCAAACCUUCAGAUCAUCAUGAGCAUCCAUUGAGCUCCAAGGUGUCACCCAACGGACCGGGAAUGGGGGUCUAUCCUCCAUUAACAGCUUUGUCGUCACCUCCAACAAGCCCAAGGUUUCCGCAAAACCAUGAAGGCAGUUUUGAGAAUCCGCGCGCGCCGCCACCGAUACCCAAAACCAUCCCGGCAACAAGUCCUCUCUCUCCCGGCCCCUCACCUUCGGGCACCAAUUGGAUCCCGAACCGUGUCGCGCCCAAGGCGCCGACCAGUUCGACCAGUAAUCUGAUGCUUGGCCGCCCUCCACCUCAGUCGUCCUCGCCCAAAGAUGCACACGGUAAACCAGUUUCGGAAAUGUCACCACACUCGUUUGGUACCCGUCCGGUUACUGAUUCGGAGCCACUGCCUCCACAAACCCAGCGUAGCCGUUCCAACUCGAACCAGAACAUGGCUACUGCAGGAUCAAGAGUACCCCCUGCAGUUACUUCUGCUGCUCAGUAUCAACAAUUGCAAGAACAGGCUAGCAGCGCGGCACACCAGGCUAUUACAAGUAAACAGCUGGAACGUACCCGUAGUCAGCGCCAACAGCAACCCCCGAGGCUUGCAGAUCCACCACGCCAUCCACCCCAGACCCCAGGCUCGGUCGAUCAAACCUCACGAACAGAACAACCCGGUCCUGUCGCACAACAGCAAUAUGGCGCCGCACCAGACUCAAGCCAAUACCCUCAGCAAGGACGCGCUCCCUCUGCUGCCAGACCUCGACAGCGAGUUCGACAGAGUAACGGAAUUGACAUCAGGGCGCGUCUUCUCGCGAUAUGUACCCCCGGAGAUCCGACACGGAAAUAUCGGAGCCUUAAUAAAAUUGGACAGGGUGCUUCUGGAGGCGUGUUCACCGCAUAUGAAAAUGGCACGAACAAAUGUGUCGCAAUCAAACAAAUGAAUCUAGAACUCCAGCCAAAGAAAGACCUGAUCAUCAAUGAAAUCUUAGUUAUGAAAGACAGUAAACACAAGAAUAUUGUCAACUUCAUGGACAGCUUUCUGCAUGGUGGUGACCUGUGGGUUGUCAUGGAGUACAUGGAAGGAGGAAGCUUGACGGAUGUUGUGACGUUUAACAUGAUGACUGAGGGGCAGAUUGCUUCUGUUUGCCGAGAAGUUCUUCACGGGCUUCAACACCUUCACUCAAAAGGUGUUAUUCAUCGUGAUAUUAAGUCUGAUAAUAUUCUUUUAUCGCUAGAGGGAAACAUCAAGCUUACUGAUUUCGGAUUCUGCGCCCAAAUAAAUGAGUCACAGAACAAGCGCAACACAAUGGUUGGCACCCCAUAUUGGAUGGCCCCAGAAGUUGUGACACGCAAAGAAUAUGGCCGCAAAGUGGAUAUUUGGAGCUUAGGAAUUAUGGCAAUUGAGAUGAUCGAAGGAGAGCCUCCAUACCUAACGGAAUCUCCGCUAAGGGCUCUCUACCUCAUUGCCACCAAUGGUACUCCAUCAAUCAAAGAAGAGCAUAAUCUAUCGCCUGUCUUUAAAGAUUUCCUCCACCUCGCUUUAAGAGUCGAUCCUGAGAAGCGGGCGUCGGCUCAUGAUCUACUAACGCACACCUUUAUGUCAUGCUGCGAACCGCUUUCCAGCCUUGCACCUCUUGUUAGAGCUGCGCGAAUUAGCCGGGCACAGGAAAAAGCCCAAAAAGGUGGCCUGUGA